AUGCAGGAGAUAGAAGAACGAGGGCAAACGGGGAAAUUUAUAGGAAAUAGAGAACACAGAUGUAGACGUGCAUUGUUCAGAAUGGAUCCAGUGGAGAUACAACCCUGUGUAUUUUUAGGGAUAAAAGUGAAGCCUGGACCUAUUGAAAGAUUUAAGGUUGAAAACUUCCCUCUUGACAAUACUGUCGAUAAUUUAAAAACGGAAGCUGGGAAAAAAGCCAAUGUUCCGUCAUCGUCCUUAGAACUCAUAUAUCAUGGCAAAAUACUUCGAGAUACUGCCACUCUGUCUGAUAGUGGUGUAAAAAGUGGUGAAAUGGUCCAUGUGGUUAAAAAGAAGGAACAAAAUCCAUCCCCACCACUGCAGACUUUUACUGAUGCAGAAUUACAACAUUUAAAUUCUUCAAUGAGAACCUUAGGCUGCACUCCUAAUGCUCCAGGUUGGACUAGAGCAAUGCAGUUAUUAAAUGAUGAGUCUGUGAUAGCGGAAAUAAUGGAACACGCCCCAUCCUUGGCUGAAGAUUGCACAACAUUGUCAAUUUUACAUGAAGUGGAAUUACUUGCCGCUCUAGGGGCCAAUGUCCAAACCAUGAGACGUGGUGCUGACGCCCAUCCAGAGUUGCCCAAUGCAUUAAGACAUUUAUUGAGAUUAGUCUGUUCAAGGUGUCACGCACCUACAACGGAAGGCACACCAACAUCUGGCUUUGCGUAUUCACUAGAAGCUCUAUCUGAGGAUGAAGAUGUUGAAGAGGAAGAGAAUGAAGAGACUGAGGGAAGAAGUGCUAUCACUCAAGAGCAGUUAGCUGCUGCUCUGCAGGAAGCAACUGAAGCAGUUCUGUCAUCAAAUUCUCGUACUACAGGUGGCAGUGUUCGGGAUAACUUGGUUGAUUUUAUAGAAGCCGCAAUACACCUUGACCCAUCUUCUAAUGCUUCAGCUUCCCGCACCCAAGGAGAUGCGGGCAGUAGUGGAACUCGAUCCGUGAUAACUCCAGAGAUGUUUAGUGAAGCUAUUAGCGUGGCUAUGACGCGAAGUACGGCUCCUCCAACACCCAUGGAACAGAGUACUGCAGCGUCCUCUUCUCAGAGUCCAGCAGAACGUAAUGAAGAUUACUCAACGCAACUCAACCACAUGCACGAAAUGGGUUUACUUGACGACGCAAUAAAUGUUCGAGCUCUACUUAUCUGCUCUGGUGACGUCAACGCAGCCAUUAAUCUAGUUUUUAGCGGAGCUAUUGGGGAUGAUUGA